CUGUAGCGCGUGUGUUGGUCGCGAGCGGAACUUUACUUUCUUGUUGUCACGGCACGUUUAGUUAAAUAAAAAACCUGAAGGUUAUUUUUUCCAGACCAUGCCCCACGACCCCCAUCCUCCUCCGGCUAAAAAAUUCAAGCCGGGGUCCGUUUUUUCCCGCCUGGAUCGGAAUAAACCUGGAAUGCUGCUACCUCGGAAAGGAAAUGCGACCACACCGAUAGACGUCCAGAGGAAACAGCUGCCGAUUUAUCAGGCCAAACCUCAGCUGGUUAACCAGCUGCGACAGCUGCACAGCGCCGUCUUAAUAGGAGAGACAGGUUCUGGGAAGACCACUCAGAUCCCACAGUAUCUGUAUGAAGCCGGCAUCGGACGACAGGGAAUUGUUGCCAUCACUCAGCCACGUCGAGUCGCAGCGAUCUCACUGGCUGCAAGAGUGACCGAUGAGAAGAAGACUCAGCUCGGCAAACUGGUUGGUUACACGGUCCGCUUUGAAGACGUCACCUCCUCUGAGACGAAGCUGAAGUUUAUGACUGAUGGUAUGCUCCUCCGUGAGGCCAUUGGCGACCCUUUGCUGCUUCGCUAUACUGUGGUGAUCCUGGACGAAGCUCACGAGCGCACUGUGCACACCGAUGUGCUGUUCGGCGUAGUUAAGAUGGCUCAGCACAAACGCAAAGAGCUCAGUAAGAUUCCUCUGAAGGUCAUCGUGAUGUCGGCCACAAUGGACGUGGACUUGUUUUCUGAGUACUUUAACAAGUCUCCUGUUCUGUAUCUGGAGGGCAGACAACAUCCCAUACAGAUCUAUCACACCAAGCAGCCUCAGUCGGACUAUCUGCAGGCUGCACUCAUCUCUGUCUUCCAGAUCCAUCAGGAAGCACCUCCGUCCCACGACAUCUUAGUCUUCAUGACGGGACAAGAGGAGAUCGAGGCCUUGGCAAGGACAUGUCGAGACAUUGCCAAGCAUCUACCUGACAGCUGUGGUCCAAUGCUCGUGAUACCCUUAUAUGCCUCGCUGCCCCCAGCACAGCAGCUCAGGGUGUUCCAGGCGGCUCCCAAGGGAUGCAGGAAAGUUAUCCUUUCCACCAACAUUGCUGAGACGUCCGUUACAAUCUCUGGCAUCAAAUUUGUCAUUGACACUGGGAUGGUGAAGGCCAAAAAAUUCAAUCCUGACAGCGGUCUGGAGAUACUGGCGGUGCAGCGGGUUUCUAAAGCUCAGGCGUGGCAGCGAGCGGGGCGUGCUGGCAGGGAAGACUCCGGCUCCUGCUACCGGCUCUACACUGAAGAGGAAUUUGACAACCUGAUCACCAUGACAGUCCCCGAAAUCCAAAGGUGCAACUUAGCAGGUGUUCUGCUGCAGCUUCUGGCUUUAGGGAUUCCAGACGUGAUGAACUUUGAUUUCAUGUCCAAGCCUUCUCCAGAGGCCCUUCAUUGCGCUGUGGAGCACUUAGAGCUGCUGGGAGCCGUGGAGAGGAAGGAGGGGCAGGUUCUCCUCACAGCCCUGGGAAAGAAGAUGGCCAGCUUCCCUCUGGAGCCCAGAUAUUCCAAGACCAUCCUGUUGUCUCCUGACUACUCCUGCUCUGAGGAGAUUUUGAGCAUUGUGUCCAUACUGUCAGUGGACACGGUGUUGUAUAACCCUCCAGCAUGGCGAGACGAGGUCCUGGCGGCACGCAAAAAAUUCACCUCCAGUGAAGGAGAUCACAUGACGCUCCUCAAUAUUUACAGAGCCUUCAAGAAAGUCAGCGGUAACAAGGAGUGGUGUCGAGAGAACUUUGUUAACAGCAGAAACAUGAGUCUGGUAAAAGAGGUCCAAGCACAGCUCAAAGAAAUAUGCUUUAAGCUGAAUUUGAAGUUGGAGUCAUGUGGAGCAGACACGGGGAAUGUUCGCCACUGUCUUGCCCACGGGAUGUUCGUCAACGCUGCAGAGCUGCAGCCUGACGGCAGCUACGUGACUCUGGACACGCACCAGCCCGUGGCCAUCCACCCGUCCUCCGUCCUCUUCCAUGCCAAGCCUGCAUACGUGGUCUUCAAUGAGCUGCUGCACACUUCCCGUUGCUACAUGAGGGACCUGUGUUUGGUGGAUGCUGAUUGGCUGCUGGAUGCUGCGCCAGAGUACUUUGGCCGCAAGCUCCGCCCCACCAAAAGCUAGCCAAUGGCGAAACAGGAAUCAGCACUUUCAAAGGA